AUGAUUAGUCAGGAUAUUCUGUUUUUUUUAUUGAUACUCUAACUUGCUGAUGGAUUUAGGAAUAUUGCUGAUUAUAAUGAUAGGAUUGGUUACUAGUUUUAAUGUAAUGGAGGACAUCGUCAUGCACCUGGAAUGCAUCCUCAUCCUUGUGUUUGUAAUUUAAAAAUUUGGAUUUAGACUAUUCUAAUGUUUGUGAAACCGUUACAGAAGUGCAAAUGA